AUGAAUUAUUAUUAAAAGAAAGUACAGACGAAUUAUUAAUUGAAGAAUUAGAAGACCAAUUUUAUUGUAAGAAAAUUAUUGGAAAAAUUGAAAAAGUAUUAAGUAGCAUUGCAACUUUAUCAACAAUCUUGGACCCUAGAUUGAAAUCAUUACAUUUUUUUGAUUCUGAAAGGAUUGGACAGAUUAAAAAUCAACUAAAAGAAGAAUGCUUGAUUAUAAAAGAUAUAUUAGAUGAAAGUGAAUUUAAUGAAAGUCAAAAUAAUUUUAUUAUUGAUAAUAUUGAAAAUGAAAUGGAUCACACUACAUCUGUUGCUUGUGAGAAAUUAUUUAGUAAUGUAGGAAAUAUUAUUACUGCCAAAAAGACUAAUCUAAAACCUGAACGAGUGGGAAAGAUG